AAAAGCUAAGAAAAUAAGAAUAAUGUACACAAAGAAGAAGAAAAUUCGCCAACACGACGCGGUGUUCGGUGCGCGGGAGGCGCGGCCGGCGCGCGGGUACUACUCCGAGCUGGUCGCGCAACACACGUCCGACCACAAGCACGCCGAGGUCUGCUCGCACAAGCGGACCAAGCUGCUGAUGCAGGCGAAGACGGAGGCGCUGGCUCCGACGCUGGUGUCGUUGCCGCGGCCGCAGCGGCCCAAGCUGCUGCUGCCGCCGGGACGCUGGACCACCUACCGCGAGGACGACAGUGUUCAAUUCCCGUUCGAGACGUUCGUGCCGAAGCUGCAGCUGGUGAAGGUGGUGCUGCCGAAGGAGGUGCCGCGCCUCGUCAACAUCGAGCGUCUCAGGAGGAAGUUCCUCGCCGCUAAUUUUAAGAAGAUACUCCGUCAGCUGGGCAUCCAGCCGUACCAGCUGCUGCCGCCGGCAGAGUACCGCGCCGCGGAUGACCAGCUCUACGCCCUCCGCAGCCCCUACCCUCGUCUCCACCUCCAUAUCUUCGAUAAUACUGACUUCGACUGCAGGAUACCAGAGGAAUGGCUGGGCCUGGGCGUGAUCGAGGGGGAGCAGUACCCGUGCCCCGGCGUCGCCUUCCUGCCCCGGCUCAAGGAGAAGGCCGUGCCCGCCGGCGACGUCAUACAGAUACUGAACAACUUGUACGAGUGGACGAACGUGGCGGUGUUCAGCUACUCGCAACAGACGGACCGCUGGCACGUCAUGACGCUGGACGGCUCCAAGCGACGCUUCGAUAUACCCCGGAUUCGGCUGAUGUUCAAGGCGGAGGACCCGGAGACGUUCGCGCGCCGCGUGCAGUUCGCCGUCCAGCUGCGAGACGAAGUCGAAAAUAACUUGCGGUUUUACCUGUACCUGGACUGCCUGCUGCUGGCCGGCCUGCCGCGCAUGCCGCUGGCGCACAUGCCGCGCAUCCUGCAGCUGACGCUGGUGCACCGCCAGGCGCGCCAGGCGGAUGAGGAGCACCUGCGGACCCUGCAAAAUGAGGUGGAGAUCGUGUACCUCAAGACGGAGGGUAAGAUGGGGAUGAUACACACGAUGGUCCGCGACCGCGACGUGUACGACUUCAUCAGACCCCCGACUAAGGAGUACGAACCUCCGGUGCCCGCUUUUGGUCGCUACCCGUGCAGCAUGGAGGACUUCGCGGGCCGGCUGAAGCACAACCAGUGGUACUCGCUGUACGUGCUGCCCGAGUCCGUCGCAGCCAUACACCUCGUCAUCGAGGAGUGUCUUAAGGUGGAAUCGAUGUUGUUCUUCACGUCCAACUACGGGCGGAACGUCAGCCUGCAGGAGUUCGACACCAUCCAGCAGCAGGCCACCACUACGACGCUGAAAUACUUAAACAUCACGUGGCUGAACUCGACUGCGCACGCGAUCAAAAUGUCGUUCAGAGACGUUGGCAAAGGUUGGUUCAAUAUUUACGAGAAGAAAUGGGAGUUCUAUUGCAUCAGCAAGCUGUGCAGGUUCAUGCAGCUCGUCCGGUUCCGCAUGCAGUACGCGCUGCGUCGCUGCGUGGAACAAUCAAUGCAGUUCCUGGUGGGCGUGUGCGAGGCGGCGUGCGCGUGCACGUACGGGUGCGGCGCGGCGUACGAGUGGGGCGGCGACCUCGUCUCCUCCCCCUUCCGCGCGCCCGCCACGCUCUUCUACUUCCACAUCAUGAUGGCGCCCGACGGACCUUAUUAUACCACGCCGCCGGAGCAAUUUGAGAUUGUUACCCAGCGGCUGUUCUGGGAGAUGGUGUACCGGUCCCACUUCAUCCCGCAAGUCCACCCCAAGAUCAUGACCAAGCUGGUGUUCGACACCGAGCUCUGUCUCACGUCUAUUGGUCUGAUGGAACCGAUAGUGGUGGAGUACCGGGAGCGGCUGCUGAGGGCGUUCCGUCAGGCGACAAUACCGCUGCUCGCGUACAUGCGACAGUUCGACUGCUACACACACAUAUACCUGCUGGAUAUUAAGGAAUAUGUUGAGAAGUACAGACAGGAGAAGCACUCGGCGUCUGAGAUCCGCUCGGAGCUGCAGCGGCACAGCGACGCGCGGCAGGCCAUAAUACACCGCCUGCCGCACUUCAUCAACAUCGGACCCUUCACCGUCAACGUUGAGACACUCAAGACGAUGCUGGUGAAGAAGCUGUCAGACACGAUGUCGGAGCUGAUGAAGAUGUGGAUGGAGGAGGUGCGGCUGGUGGUGGACGAGGUGGUGGCAGCCCACCGCGGGGUUCUGCGCAAGCUGGCCGAGAAACCCAACUCCGUAGAGCACAUCUUCGAGAUGCGAGAGUGGAUGGAGACCAUACCGUACGCGCUGAAAACCCAGGACGAUAUCAUGCGUAAAGUUCACACUGAUUAUGAAGUUCUAGAUGCUUUCUUUAUGCCGCUCGAGAAUGAAGACUUUAAAACGCUUUGGGAAGCGAUCGGACUGCCGUUGACUAUCACAACACAGGUGACAGCGACUUUGGAGUUCCUGGCGGAGGAGCAGCAGAAGUUCUGGAGACUGCACGAGCAGGACGAGCAGGCGCUGGCGGACAGGAUCGACAUGUACACCUCACAGUGCAUGGCGCUCACUCUGCAGGACGACUUCGCCAGGGUCCACGAGAUAGCGAACGACAUAAAAAAGGCGUGGAAGGGCAUGAAGGAGUCGCAGGAGUGGGGGCGCGUGCUCAACGCCCGCCAGAAGUUGUUUGGCCAGCCCGUCGUGCCCUUCGCUGACCUCAACCGCCUCGUCAAGGAGUUCGAGCCCUACAGGAACCUCUGGGUCACUGCUUCCGACUACCUGAAGGCCCGAGAGGUGUGGCUGGACAACCCGCUUGUGUACGUGGACGCGGACGCCAUAGAGCCGCUCGUCAACGACUACUACAAGACCAUCGUCAAGUGCAUCCGCACCUUCGCCGACAUGCCCAAGAUACAGCAAGUCGGGAUCACUAUACGAGAUGAGAUUGAUGAAUUUCGGCCACUCAUAGCGAUCAUACAGGCGGUGAAGAAUCCGGGUAUGAAAGAGCGACACUGGAAAGAGUUUAUGGACAAAGCUGGUAUAACACUAACGAUGAACGAGAAGCAGACGUUCUCUAAGUGCCUGAAGCAGGGUAUAGCGGCGCACGGCGCGCUCAUCGCCGAGGUGGGCGAGCUGGCGGGCAAGGAAUACGUCAUAGAGCAGGCGCUCGACAAGAUGGCCGCCGAGUGGGCCAACAAGGUGCUGGAGAUCACGCCGUAUAAGAACACAGGAACGUUCAUAAUGAAAGUCCCGGACGAGACGCUGCAGCAGCUGGACGAGCACCUGCUGGCGACGCAGCAGCUGGGCUUCUCCCCGCACAAGGCCGCCUUCGAGCUGCGCAUACAGGAGUGGGGGGACCGCCUGCGACUCACGCAGAGAGUGCUGGAUGAGUGGAUCGAGUGCCAGAAGGAGUGGAUGUAUCUGGAGCCCAUUUUCACUUCAGAGGACAUCUCGCGACAGCUGCCGGCCGAGACCAAGAAGUACGGCACCAUGGAGAGGAUCUGGCGCCGCAUCAUGUCCACAGCCGCUGCGGUGCCCAAGAUAAUGGGUGUGUGCCCGGACAGCCGUCUGCUGGAGAGCCUGUGCGAGGCUCGGCACCUGCUGGCGGUGGUGUCGCGCGGGCUGGCCGACUACAUGGAGCUCAAGCGGCUGCGCUUCCCGCGCUUCUUCUUCCUCAGCGACGACGAGCUCCUCGAGAUACUGUCACAGUCCCGCAACCCCAAGGCCGUCCAGCCCCAUCUCAAGAAGUGCUUUGAGAACAUCGCCAAGGUGACGUUCGAGGGCGACCUGCGGAUAACGGAGAUGCACUCGAGCGAGGGGGAGGUGGUGGAGCUCAAGUACAAGUUCUACCCCACCGCCAACGUCGAGCAGUGGCUGCUGCUGCUCGAGGAUACUAUGAGGAAUACCAUCCGUCUGAAGCUGGUGGCUGGUCUGGAGGAGGUGUGGCGCCUGGAGCGCGGGGAAUGGGUGCUGCGGUGGCCGGGGCAGGUGGUGCUGGCCGGCUCGCAGGUCGCCUGGACCGCCGGCGCCGAGGACGCCAUCCGCACCACCGCUCUCGACCGCUUCUACGACUCGCGUCUCGACCUGCUGGACGAACUGCGCGCGCUCGUGCGGGGCUCGCUGACGCUGGCGCAGCGCGAGGUGGUGUGCGCGCUCAUCGUGGUGGAGGUGCACGCGCGUGACGUCACGCGCCGCCUGCUCGACGACCGCGUGCGCGCGCUCACCGACUUCCAGUGGGCCUGCCAGCUCAGGUACUACCAGAUGUCCCGGGAGCUGGUGCCGCUGGGUCCGGACGAGGUGGGCGAGGUGUACCAGGACGAGGCGCGGCUGGACACGUCGCGCUACUACCGCCAGUUCAGCGCCGACUACUGCCAGGUGCGCGCGCUCAACGCCGCCUUCACGUACCAGAACGAGUACCUCGGGAACAGCGGCCGUCUGGUGAUAACGCCGCUGACGGACCGUUGCUACCUGACGCUGAUGUGCGCGAUGCACCUCAAGUUCGGCGGCGCGCCCGCCGGCCCCGCCGGCACAGGCAAGACGGAGACCACCAAGGACCUGGCGAAGGCGCUGGCGGUGCAGUGCGUGGUGUUCAACUGCUCCGACCAGCUGGACUUUCUCGGCAUGGGCAAGUUCUUCAAGGGGCUCGCCGCUUCAGGAGCCUGGGCGUGCUUCGAUGAGUUCAACCGGAUCGACAUCGAAGUUCUCUCCGUGGUGGCGCAGCAGGUGGUGACGAUCCAGAAAGCUCAGAUGGCGGGGCUGGAGAAGUUCAUGUUCGAGGGCGUGGAGCUGCCGCUGAAACCCUCUUGCGCCGUCUUCAUCACCAUGAACCCCGGAUACGCCGGUCGCACGGAGCUGCCGGACAACCUGAAGGCGCUGUUCCGGCCGAUCGCGAUGAUGGUGCCGGACUACGCGCUCAUCGCCGAGAUCUCGCUCUUCUCGUACGGCUUCUACGAGGCGCGCGGGCUCGCCGGCAAGAUCACCACCACAUUCAAGCUCAGCUCUGAACAGCUCUCCACGCAGGACCACUACGACUUCGGCAUGCGCGCGGUGAAGACGGUGAUCCUAGUGGCGGGCAACCUCAUGCGGCGCGCGCCCGACGCCGACGAGCGGCAGAUCGUGCUGCGUGCGCUGAGGGACGUCAACGUGCCCAAGUUCCUGGCUGAUGAUCUCGUUCUGUUCAAUGGUAUAAUCUCGGACCUGUUCCCGCGCGUGCCGAUCCCGGUGGCGGAGUACGGCGCCAUGGAGCACGCCCUCAGAGAUCAGCUCAGCCGGCGCGGAUACGAACACUUGCCGGCGUUUAUUUCGAAGACGAUCCAACUGUACGAGACCACAGUGGUGCGACACGGGCUCAUGAUCGUCGGCCCCGCCGGCGCCGGCAAGACCACGUGUUACGAGGUGCUCCGUGACGCUCUGACGUCACUGCGCGGCGCGGCGGACGCCGAUGGCGUGCACGCCGCGGUGCGUAAUCACGUCGUCAACCCCAAGGCCAUCACCAUGGGCCAGCUGUACGGCGAGUUCGACCUUCAGACGCACGAGUGGACGGACGGUAUCCUGUCGUCGCUGGUGCGUGCUGGCGUCGCGGCGGAGGACGACGACAAACGCUGGUAUAUCUUCGACGGUCCGGUCGACGCUGUCUGGAUUGAGAACAUGAACACGGUGUUGGACGACAACAAGAAGCUGUGUCUCUCCAGCGGUGAGAUCAUGAAGCUGACGGACAGGCAACGGAUGAUAUUCGAGGUGGCGGACCUUUGCGCGGCGUCGCCGGCGACGGUCUCGCGGUGCGGGAUGGUGUACCUGGACGCCGCGGUGGUCGGCCUGCCGCCGCUCGUCACCGCCUGGUUCACACAACUGCCAGCGAUCGCGGAGAGCAUCCGCGCGCCGCUAUCAUCGCUAAUCGAUACUUACCUGUACCCGGCGCUGCGGCUGGUGCGGUCCUCGCUGACGGAGGUGGCGGCGUCGGCGGACUGUGCGCUCGUGCUCAAGUUCCUGGAGCUGCUGGACUACCGCCUGCGCCCGCUCACCGGCAAGGACGACCGCCCGCCGCCCGCGCCCCAGUUUCUGGCGCUCAUGCCGAAGCUGGCGCCAUGCUGGGUGGUGUGGUCUAUCGUGUGGUCGGUGAGCGCGACCUGCGACCGCGACAGUCGCGCGAUAUUCUCGGACUUCCUGCGCCGUCUGAUGAAGGAGGCGGGCACCGAGCUGCGUUUCCCGAGGGACGGCAGCGUGUAUGAUUACAAUCUCCACGACGGCGGGUUCACGGACGCGACGGAUGACGGCGAGCCAGGCGCGCCGCACUGGUACAACUGGAUGGCCAAACUCGACGAGUACGAGGUCGACAACGACUGCCAGUACGCUGACAUAGAGGUGCCGACGAUGGACAGCGUGCGCAGCGCCGCGCUGCUGGGCUGCAAGAUUGCGAACCACAACCACGUGGUGUGCGUGGGGCCGACAGGCACGGGCAAGACCGUCACCGUGACCGCCAAGCUCGCGCGCGGUCUGCACAGGAAGUACGUCGCCGAGUACCUCGUCUUCUCCGCCAGGACUUCCGCCAACCAGACCCAGGACGUGAUCGAGGGCAAGUUGGAGCGGCGGCGGCGCGGCGUGUGGGGCCCUCCGCCCACCAAGCGGCUGGUGCUGUUUGUGGAUGACCUCAACAUGCCGGCACUAGACCAGUACGGCGCGCAGCCACCCAUCGAGCUGCUGCGACAGUUCAUGGACUUCUCAGGAUGGUACGACCGCGUGAACAUCGGUGAGUUCAAGACGCUGGUGGACAUGAGCGUCGUGGCGGCGAUGGGCCCGGCCGGCGGCGGCCGCAACCCCGUCACCAUGCGACUCAUGAGGCACUUCCACUACAUCUCCUUCACAGAGAUGGAGUAUAAGAGCAAGUACGCAAUAUUCAGCGUGAUCCUCAAAUCGUGGACGCGCAACAUCACCGAUGUCAAGGUCCGCGAGGAACCACUCCUGAAGGCUUCCAUCGGCAUCUUCCAUGCGCUAGUGGAGGAGUUGCUGCCCACGCCCACCAAGUCGCACUACACCUUCAACCUGCGAGACCUGAGUAAAGUCUUCCAGGGCAUGCUCAUGAUGGACCCGAAACUCAUCAAGGACGAGAACGAAGUAUUACGCUUGUGGUACCACGAGCACCAACGCGUGUACCAAGACCGGCUCGUCAACGAUCAAGAUAGAAAGUGGUUUGCCGACCUAAUGGAGAAGAACCUCCGUAAAGAAUUUGGGAAGAGAAGUAAAGACGUGGUCGGAAACGCUUUGAUGCUGUUCGGCGAUUUCAUGGACAUCGGGUCUGAUGACAGGAAGUACGUUGAAAUCACGGAUGAGAAAGAGUUGGACGACGUGCUGACGGGCUACCUGAACGAGUACAACCUGUCGACGACGGCGCCGCUGCCGCUGGUGCUGUUCCGCGACGCGGCGGCACACCUGUGCCGGAUCGCGCGCAUCAUGCGACAGCCGAUGGCCAACGCGCUGCUGCUGGGCAUGGGCGGAUCAGGACGACAAUCGCUAUCGCGUCUGGCGGCUUUCAUGGGUGAGCUGCAGUGUGUCCAGAUCGAGAUCAGUAAGGGAUACGGUAUGAGUGAGUGGCGGGACGACCUGCGACAGACCAUGCUCACAGCCGGUGCUGAUAACAAGGGCAUCGUGUUCCUGUUCUCUGAUGCUCAGAUUAAAAUGGAAUCAUUCCUGGAGGACCUGAACAACGUGCUGAGCUCGGGCGACGUGCCCAACGUGUACGAGGUGGAGGACCUGGACCGCAUCUAUUCGGCGGUGCGGCACGUCGUCACCGAGCAGAGCCUCGCCGCCACCAAGACCAACCUGUUCGCCGCGUACCAGAAGCGCGUGCGCAGUAACCUGCACGUGGUUAUUGUGAUGAGCCCCGUGGGGGAGGUGUUUCGGUCGCGUCUGCGGCAGUUCCCCUCCCUGGUAAACUGCUGCACGAUCGACUGGUUCAGCGAGUGGCCGCGCUCGGCGCUCGAGUCCGUCGCCUACCAUUUCCUCGACAACAUGAUGGAGCUCCAGACCACGUAUGACGUCAUCGGGGCUAUGGUGUCUGUGUGUUGCUACGCGCACGAGUGCGUGGUGUCGGCGAGCGAGCAGUUCCUGGCGCAGCUGAACCGGCUCAACUACGUCACGCCCACCUCAUACAUGGAGAUGUUGCGGGCUUACCAGGACAUGUUCCGCAGGAAACAGAACGCGAUAUUGAAGGAGUCCAACGCGCUUAAAACGGGUUUGAAUAAGCUGAACCAGACGGAGGUGGAGGUAAAGCAGCUUCAGAUCGAGCUGGCGGAGCUCAAGCCGCUCAUGGAGAAGGCGGCCGACGAGACCAGGAAAGUCAUCGAACAGAUUGCCGUAGACACGGCAAUAGCCGAAGAAGCGAGAGAAAGAGUCGAGAAGGAGCAAGCGCUCGCCGAGAAGAUAUCCAAAGACACGCAGGCCAUGGCUGAAGACGCGGAGAGAGAUCUCGAGGAGGCGAUGCCGGCGCUGAUCGCGGCGGAGAAGGCGCUGAAGGAGCUGAACCGCAACGACAUAACGGAGGUGAAGGCGAUGAAGAAGCCGCCCGCUGGCGUCCUCCUCGUCGUCGAGUCGCUGUGUGUCGUCUUCGACAUCAAGCCUGUCAAGGAGCCUGGCACCAAAUUCGGCGAGAAGGUCCUCAACUACUGGAAGCCGGGCUCGCUGAUGCUGGCCGACCCCGGCGCCUUCCUCGACUCCCUCAUGAAUUACGACAAGGAGGCCAUCACGGAGGACAUGAUCAAGAAACUCAAGCGGUUCGUGAAUGACCCCAAGUACGAGCCGAAGAAAAUUGCUAAGGUGUCAAAAGCGUGCAUGUCCCUGUGCAUGUGGGUGCACGCCAUGUAUAAGUUCUACCACGUCAACAAAAACGUCGCGCCCAAGAAGGCCGCGCUGCAGCGGGCACGGACCGAGCUGGCUGCCGUCGAAGAGAUACUGGCGAACGCGAAGGCCAAGAUGCAGCAGCUGCUGGAGGGCAUCGCGAAACUGAAUGCGUACCUGCUGGAGAAACAAGAGGAAAAGGCCAGGAUGGAGGAGGACAUCGACCAGUGCCUGGCCCGCAUGGACCGCGCCAACAGGUUACUGAACGGGUUGUCGAACGAGCGUGUGCGCUGGGUGCGCACCAUCAAGGAACUGAACGUCGCCAACUUAAACCUCAUUGGAGAUAUUUUACUGACUGCUUGUGCCGUGGGCUAUGUGACUCCAUUCACGGACGAGUUUCGACGAGACCUGAUGAGUAAGUGGACGCAAAAAAUGAAGGAGGCCGGAGUACCACACACGGAGGGUGGAACCACGGAGUCGAUUCUUGGUGAUCCGGUUACUAUCAGGAAGUGGCAGAUGCACGGUCUGCCGCGCGACGCGAUGUCGGUGGAGUCGGCGCUGCUGCUGACGAGCUCGCGCCGCUGGCCGCUCGUCGUCGACCCGCAGACGCAGGCCAACAAGUGGAUACGGAAUAUGGAGAAGCUUUCGGGUCUGAUCGUGUGCAAGCUGAGCGACCGCGACCUGGUGCGGAACGUGGAAUCGGCGCUGCGGUUCGGCAAGCCGCUGCUGCUGGAGAACGUUGGCGAGGACCUCGAUCCCGCGCUCGAUCCCGUACUCAAGCGUCAAUUCUUCCGUCAAUCUGGUCAAACUGUGCUGAAACUGGGCGACUCGCUGGUGCCGUACUCGGAGGGGUUCUUCCUGUACAUCACCACCAAGCUGCCCAACCCGCGGUACACGCCGGAUACCUACGUUAAGGUGCAGAUUGUUAACUUCGCGCUGGUGCCCAGUGGUCUAACGGAGCAGCUGCUAUCAACGGUAGUCGCAUCCGAGCGUCCCGACCUGGAGGAGGCGCGGGGGCAGCUGAUAGCGUCGCGCGCGCAGCUCGCGGCUCAGCUGGCCGACAUGCAGGCGCAGGUGCUGGCGGGCCUGUCCGACAGCGUCGGCUCGCCCGUCGACGACCUGCCGCUCAUCACCACGCUCGAGGCCAUCAAGCUCAAAAGCGACGAGAUUUUGGUGAAAGUGGUGGACAUGGAGCGCACGUCAGCGGAGAUGGAGGGUGCGCGCGCGGGCUACGUGCCGGUCGCCAACCGCGGACAGAUCCUGUUCUUCUGUCUGUCCGCCAUGGCCGGCGUCGACCCCAUGUACCAGUACUCGCUCGAGUGGUUCGUCAAACUCUUCCGACGGAGCAUGGAGGAGACCGAGCCUAAUGACGACAUCCUGGACCGCGUGGACGGCAUAAUGGAGCACUUCACGUACCUGCUGUACGCCAACGUGUGCCGCAGCCUGUUCGAGCGACACAAGCUGCUGUUCGCGUUCCUGCUGUGCGCGCGCGUGCUGCUCGACCGCGCCGCCAUCAGGCAGCCGGAGUUCUACUUCCUGCUGAAUGGGGGUCAUGUGGAGGAGGAGUCGGAGAACCCGGAGCCGCGGUGGAUCUCUGUCCGCACGUGGCAGGAGGUGCAGCAGCUGUCAGCGUUGGACACCAUGCGACACUUCGUUACCGAGGACUUGCCGCAGAAUCUCAAGUUCUUCCGCACAUUCCACGACGCAUGGAACCCGCAUAGAUUACCAUAUCCGAAACCUCUUGAUUCAAAAUAUGACUCGUUCCAAAAGCUGUUGAUUCUCAAAUGCUUGCGGCCCGACAAGCUCAUACCGGGUCUCCAGGACUUUGUAUCGGCGAACCUGGGCGGCCGGUUCGUGGAGCCGCAGCCGGCGGAGCUGGGCGCGGUGUUCGGCGACUCCGACCCCCUCUCGCCCGUCAUCUUCGUGCUGUCGCCCGGCACUGAUCCCGCUGCCGAUCUGAUGAAGUUUGCGGAGAAGAAGAAGAUGGGCAAGCGUCUGGAGAGCAUCUCGCUCGGUCAGGGGCAGGGACCCAUCGCCGAGGCGCUGCUGCGUGUCGGUGUGGACGUCGGCAACUGGGUGUUCUUCCAGAACUGCCACCUGGCGCCGUCGUGGAUGCCGGUACUCGAGGCCAGCGUGGAGGCGAUCGGCGCGGGCACCGUACACCGCGACUUCCGCCUGUGGCUCACCUCCGCCCCCUCACCGCACUUCCCCGUCCCCCUGCUGCAGAACGGCUACAAGAUGACGGUGGAGGGUCCGCGCGGCGUGAAGGCGAAUCUGCUGAAGGCGUACACCAACCACGUACCCGACUUCGCCGACUACUUCCACUCGGAUGACACGAAAGUGCCAGCAUUCAAGUGGCUGCUGUUCUCGCUGUGCCUGUUCCACGGCACGGUGGUGGAGCGGCGCAAGUUCGGUCCGCUGGGGUUCAACAUCCCGUACGAGUUCACGGACGGCGACCUGCGCAUCUGUCUCUCGCAGCUGCACAUGUUCCUAGCUGAGCACGAUGAGGUGCCGCUCAAGAUGCUGACAUACACGGCGGGCCACAUCAACUACGGCGGGCGCGUGACGGACGAUUGGGACCGGCGCUGCCUGCUGGUGCUGCUGGCGGACCACUACUGCGCCGCCGCGCUCGCCGACACGCACCGCUUCCACGACGCCGCCGCCUACAGACAGCAACCAGCCUCCACGACGUUGGAGCAGUACCUGUCGUACAUCCGCGGUCUGCCGCUGAACGACGAGCCCGCCAUGUUCGGCCUGCACGCCAACGCCGACAUCAGCUACGCCAUGGCCGAGACUGCCGCCUGCAUCGCGACGCUCCGCAGCACGCAGCCGCGCGAGGCAAGUUCUGGCGGUCAGUCGGCGGAAGAGACGACGCGCGCCGCCGCCGCCGACAUACUGCACCAGCUGCCGCAGCCGCUUGACCUCCAACACAUCGCAAAAGUGUAUCCGGUGUCGUACAAGGAGUCGCUGAACACGGUGCUGGCGCAGGAGGCAAGCCGCUACAACCGCCUGCUCGAUGUCAUCGACACAUCACUCAGGGAGCUGCAGCGUGCGCUGACGGGUCUGGUGGUGAUGUCGGAGGCGCUGGAGGGCGUGGCCUUGAGCCUCGCGCGACACGCUGUGCCCGACAUGUGGGCCGCCCGCGCCUACCCCUCGCUCAAGCCGCUUGGUGCGUGGGUAAAAGACCUGCGUCGUCGCGUGCAGUUCCUGCGGUCGUGGUCGGCGUCGGGUCCGCCCCCCGUGUUCUGGAUGUCGGGGCUGUUCUUCCCGCAGGCGUUCCUUACCGCCGCGCUGCAGAACUACGCGCGCAAACACGUGCUCGCUAUAGACACCAUCAGCUACGCCUUCGAGCCACUUGCGUCGCCGCCGGCUCGGAGGCCGGAGGACAGCGUGUGCGUGAGCGGACUGUACCUGGAGGGCGCGCGGUGGAACGUCAUCGACAUGGUGCUCGAAGAGAGCCGACCCAAGGAGCUGCAUACAGAGAUGGCGAUAAUCCACAUGCGGCCGGAGCAGGAUCACCGCGCGGCGGCGGGCGCGUACGUGUGCCCGGUGUACCGCACGCUGGCGCGCGCGGGCGUGCUCGCCACCACCGGCCACUCCACCAACUACGUGCUGGCGGUGGAGCUCGCCACGCGCAAGCCGCCGCCGCACUGGGUCAAGCGCGGCGUUGCGCUCUUCUGUGCGCUAGAUUAUUAGUAUUUUUAAAUGCAAUGUAUAUUUUACAUGUUUCAGUAUGUAAUAAAGCAGUGUGCGUUAUCUAGGAUGGAAAUAAAUGUUUUGUU